AUGUUUGAAGGUUUUGAUGAAUUUGAAAUUGAGGAAGUGCGCCUUCAUUCAGCAUUAAGGCAUGGCUUGUCCAUAACUACAGAGUUGGCAGGGUUACUUCAACAAGCGGCUUCAGAAACGAAUCGGUACUCGAAGCUAAUUCAGGCCGAAGAAGCGAAGGAGACGAGGCGUGAUAUGAGUCGCUUAAAAUCCCUUCUCUCAGAAAGGAAUAAAUUAAAUGAAAAGUAUAGGGAACUAGAAUUGUGUAUCAAGUCCCUAUAUAGGAAUAUAAUUUAUAAACGCAUGAACACUUCUAUUUUACCAUCCACGACGUCGUGCAGGAGGCACUCUUUAGAACAGAACGGGUCCAAUCCAGCUGCAUCAGUACGGGCAAGCGCUUUGAAAGCCUUGCUCCCGUUAUAUGAGGACGAUAAAUUAGCAAGCAAAUUAACAUUGUUCACUCAAAAAUAUCAACUAAGACUUGUUAGAUUAUCUUGGGACAAGAGCCGAUGCAAUCAAGAGAUUGCAACAAAGCUUGUCACGGCUAUGUUCAGGUCCUAUCCAUACUUAUUCACUAGGAAAGACUUGAACACGGUUUCAAGUUUGAUGUUCUCUCCAAAUCGAAAGGUUGCAGUGGCAGCAGGCACAUUUUUUCAUCAUGUCUUUUUAAGAUUGGAUAAAGAUUCAAAUGGGGCCGGGUUUGGGGUUCGAUGGUUCAGAUAUGUUUCAACUUCCAUCAUUGAAUUGAAAGGUUUAAAUUUUAUUUCAUAUCUAGUGGAUGCCCUAGUUGCAAACAUUGAGAUAAUGAAAGAUUGGAAUUCGAUGAUACAUAUUUUAACUCAAGAAAAUGAUGAUCCUUUGACCCCAAUCCCCCAACCUCAAGAAAUUUUAAUUGAAAUUAUGUUCUGGUGUGCAAGUCUUUCAAGUACUGGUGAAUAUCCAGGGGAGAGAGCAACUGAUAAUAUGGUCCCAAGUUUAAAACAAAGAAAACAAAUGAAGGAAGUAAAAUUAAAUAUCACAAAACAUCUAAUGCCUGUGAUAGCAAUUCUGUUGGCUCGCUUCAAAACCAAUGUAAAUUGUAUUAUUCAUUUGAUCAGAAUACCUCAAUAUUUUGACUUCGAAAAUACAAGCGAGAUGGAAGAUCUGCAUUUAAGGAAUUUAUUGGGCGCUCUGCAAGUCAUCGCCCAGGAUUCUGCAGACACAAUAGUGUUGGACAACUGCAGCAAGACUUUGCAUUGCCUUUAUAGAAGGGCAAGAAGCAUUGUUGCAGAUUGCGAUGCCGCCAUAUCGACCAUUGUCGACGAAUGCGCAUUUCAAAUGGAUCCAAAAUAUGCUAAGAAAGAGGAUUGA